AGGCUGGGAGUGGGCCGGGCCGUCUUUGGUCGCCAGCCAGCGGCCAGUCUGUGGUCUCUGGGGACGUGAGACAGGGGGUUGGCGGCGGAGCGGGAUCAGGGAUCAGGGAUCAGGAUGUCGGAGUCGCCCGAGACUGGGAGCCUGGCUUCGGCUUCCUCCCAGCUCAACCUGACCGAGGCGGAGGGGAUUGAUGACAAGGAGUUUGAUAUUCCCCAAGUCGAUACUCCACCUACUCUAGAAAGUAUACUGAAUGAGACGGAAGAUGAAGAUGAAUCAUUUAUAUUGGAGGAUCCAGCCCUCUUGAAUAUGGACAGCAUUGAUACGCAUUCGGGUGAAACUUCAUCUCUUGCUAGUUCUGAUAGUGGAGACAGAACGAAUUUAAAGCGAAGGAAAAAAAUUUCAGAUGCUAACUCAGGCGUUCAUGGUUCGGUUGUACGACGAUCAGUCCUUAAAGGAGUUUCUGCGCAAGUGGUGUCUGCAGCAGAUAGAGUAGAUGCAGGAUUGCCCACUGCUGUUGUUGUAUCAAAUGUAAUAGCAGUGGGAACAUCACAUGGACUGUCACUUGUAUUUGAUCCAAAUCAGGCUCUGCGGUUGUGUCUGGGGAGCACAGCAGUUGGGGCUCAAUAUGGAGCGGUGUCUGCGCUUAGUAUCAACAGUGAUUGCACACGGCUCCUCUGUGGUUUUGCUAAAGGACAGAUUACUAUGUGGGAUCUGGCAAAUGGGAAGUUGCUGAGAACGAUAACUGAUGCUCAUCCUCCAGGAACUGCUAUCCUGCACAUAAAGUUCACUGAUGAUCCAACUACAGCUAUUUGCAAUGAUAGUGGAGGCUCAGUUUUUGAGCUUGCCUUCAAGAGGGUAAUGGGAGUGAGAACAUGUGAGUCCCGCUGUUUGUUUAGUGGAGCAAAAGGUGAAGUUUGCUGUGUUGAGCCUUUACUUGUAAAGGCAGAGCUGAGAGACCAUCCAAUUACACAGUAUGCACUACUGGCGAUGGCGUCUUUAACCAAGGUUUUGGUCAUUGGAUUGAAACCUGCGUUGAAAGUUUGGCUAACAUUUCCAUAUGGAAGGACAAAUCCAGCAAGUGUUCCACUCCUCUCUUGGCAAUUUGUUGCAGUGCAGAGCGCAGUUACACCCAUGCUGGCCUUCUGUCGAGGGGAUGCCAUUCAUUUCCUUUUGGUUAAGAAAGAUGAAUCUGGGGCUAUACAUGUGAGCAAACAGAAGCAGCUGCACCUCCACUAUGAUCUCAUCAAUUUAACAUGGAUUAAUUCUCGAACAUUGGCGCUACUGGACAGUGCAGAGAAACUCCAUGUGGUGGACCGCCAUAGUCAAGAAGAGCUAGAAAUUGUGGACCUUGCUGAAGUUCAAUUGGUUUACAAUAGCAGCCACUUCAAAUCCCUAGCCACUGGUGGAAACGUUAGCCAAGCUUUGGAUAAAACGGAUGGGCAUUUCACACAGUCACUGGCCCUGGUUGGAGAAAAGGCAUGCUACCAAUCAGUCAGCGGCCAUGGAGGACAAAUAAUCUAUCUGGGGACCAAGUCAGUGCAUGUGAUUACCCUGAGGACUUGGCGGGAGAGAGUGGAUUACUUGCUGAAGCAGGAGCGGUUCAUUGAGGCACUAUCUUUGGCCUGGUCCUUUCAUGAAGGAAAAGCAAAAGCAGUGGUUGGUUUGUUUGGUGAUCAGAGUAAGCGAAAGGGUGUUGUGGCUGAUCGGAUGGCAGAAAUCCUGCUUCAGUAUGCUGAUCGAGCUCUGAAGAAGUGUCCUGAGCAAGGCAAACUUCAGGUUAUGGAGCAGCAUUUUGAGGACAUGGUUCCCGUCAUGGUUGAUUAUUGCCUCUUGCUCGAGCGCAUAGACCUUCUGUUUGGCCAAAUCUACACUAAAUUGAGUGAGAUCUCAGUGGCAAAGGGAGUGUUUCUUGAAUGCUUGGAACCUUAUAUUCUGAAUGAUAAGCUGCCAAGCAUCACCCCACAGGUAAUGAAGGAUCUGCUCAUCCACUUUCAGGACAGGGACAUGAUGGAAAACAUUGAAGCAUGUAUUGUACAUAUGGACAUCACUAGCCUGGACAUACAACAGGUGGUCCAUAUGUGCUGGGAACAUUGUCUGUACGAUGCUAUGAUCUAUGUGUACAACAGAGGAAUGAAUGACUAUAUCACUCCAAUGGAGAAAUUGUUCCAAGUUAUUGGUCCUCCUCUCCGAGCUGGCAAACCUCUCUCAGAUCAACAAGUGGUCAUGGGGAAUAAGUUACUGGUAUACAUAAGCUGCUGCCUUGCUGGGCGAGCUUACCCGCUUGGUAAUGUUCCAGAAGAUCUUGUCCCUUUGGUGAAACAUCAGGUCUUUGAAUUUCUAAUUCGCUUGCACUCCACCGAAGUAGCUUCUGAUGAAGAGUUGUAUCCUCAGAUUAGAACACUGCUCCACUUUGACACUCGAGAGUUCCUCAAUGUAUUGGCACUGACAUUUGAAGACUUCAGAAAUGAUAAGCAAGCAAUAGAACAUCAGCAGAGGAUUGUGGACAUCUUGCUCACAGUUAUGGUGGAGAAUUCAGAUUUCACUCCAUCACAGGUUGGGUGCCUUUUCACCUUCCUGGCACGACAGCUGGCAAAACCAGACAACACACUUUUUGUCAACAGGAUGCUUUUUGACCAGGUUCUUGAAUUCCUGUGUAGUCCUGAUGAUGAAUCUCGACAUGCUGAGAGGCAACAGGUCCUUCUGGAGUUGCUUCAAGCUGGCGGAAUUGUACAGUUUGAUGAGAACAGACUGAUCACAAUGGCUGAGAAGGCUGCAUUCUAUCAAGUUUGUGAAUUCAUGUAUGAGAAGAAGCAGCUGUAUGAUAAGAUCAUCUCCUGUUACCUGAAUGAUCCAGUUAGGAGGGAGGAAAUUUUCAGUUAUAUCCAUAAUAUGUUGUCAAUACCUGGAUACAGUUGUGAAGAGAAGAAGUCUGUGUGGAAUAAAGCCAUGGAACACAUUAAGGACUUGGUGACCAUCAAUCCUGCAAAAGCAGGUGAACUGUUUGCGGUGCAUUUCUUUACGGAGCUCCGAGUAAUUGUGGACCAAUUAGAGGAUCAGCGCUUAGUGUUUCAGUUGUUACAAAGUCUACUAGAUUCUUCAGAUGGUGUGCAAGUGAAUCGAGAGCUUCAGCAACUGAAUCCUGACAUUCACGAACAGUACCUUGACCUGCUUUGUCAGUAUGAUCCACAUCGGGUGAUGGAUUUCCUCAAGGUGUCAGAAUAUUGCAGACUCGAAGAAGCCAUUCAGGUUACAGAGAAGCAUAAACUUCAUGAAGCUUCGGCCUACUUACUGGAGAAGAAGGGAGAUGUACACGCUGCUUUUUUUGUCCUGCUUGAGAUCUUGAAACACAAGCUGUCGUUGUUUACUGAAGAUGCAAGAGAGGAAAAUGAAGAAAUGGCGCAAGCUGCAGAAUCUGCUUUAGAAGAGACAAUUGCAUUAUGUCAGCGCAAUUCGCACAGUCUCAACCAACAGCAGCGGGAGGCAUUAUGGUUUCCAUUGCUUGAGGCUGUUAUGUCCACUAAGAAACUGUUGAAAGUCGGAUCAUCCAACCAUGCCUUGGCAUCUCUGAAGCACUUGACAAAACAAGUACUGAACAGCAUGACAGGAUUUAUCGCACUUCCAUCAAUUUUACAGCGAAUAUUACAGGAUCCAAUGUAUGCAAAGGGGAAACUGGGAGAGAUUCAAACACUCAUACUUGGAAUGUUAGACACCUUCAAUUACGAGCAAACGUUGCUGGAAACCACAACCAAACUGCUGAACCAUGACCUCCAUUGGUCACUCUGCAACCUGCGUGGAGCUGUUAGCAGGGGUUUGAAUCCCAAACAGGAGCAUUGCAGUGUCUGCCUGCAGCAGUAUAAGAGGAAACAAGAAGGCACAGAAGAAGUCAUCAUUUUUAGCUGUGGCCAUAUCUACCAUUCUCAGUGUCUCCAGAGUAAGGACUGUGGCAUUCGAACUGAAGGACAGACAAGGUGGACCUGUUACAAGUGCAACUCUAGUAACAAAGGGGCCAGACACAGAGAUUUCGGAUCAGAGCUAAACAAGAACCGAAGUACUUCUCUGGCACAGAUUAAAGUAACGUCUGCUUACUAUACAAAUAGCAGGAACUCUGACAGCAAGAAGCCAACAGAGGCAGCACUGGAACCACAGCAGAUCCAAGCUUUCGACCAGCUCAGGCGCCUCUACAGAGGACCAUCUAGGCUUGCAAUUCUCACAGAACUUUCUCGCAAUCGAAACAGUGACAAGCAUGGCCUAUUCCAUCCUGGUUCAAUGGCAAACAGCGUUUUCCAAAAUGAAAACUUCCAGCUGCGUUUGUCACCACCUCCAGUCAUCGAGGACUAGUGCUGCAAAUGAUGUUUGUGCAAUCAAGUUGGACUGAGCAUUCUUAACACAUCCCUGACAUUUUACUUUAUGAUUCAGUGCAAAUGCUGACAUUAUCGGUUACCCUUGUAUGACAGUUAAUUCUUAUACUUAAAUCUAAUAAAGAUAUGUCCUAAGUUA